GAGGGCGAUCGCCAAGAGCAACUUCAGCCACACCAACUACCUCCACCCGAGCCAUGCGGAGACCGGGGGGUACCGCAAACGGGAGCUCCGCUCUGUCGUCGACUGGUCGGAGCAUGCGCAGAACAGCGAGCACCUGUGGGUGGAGACGAAUGCCUCGGGAGACUACUGCUACGCUAUGGAUCCGGACUGCCUGAAAAACCUCAAGUGCAAACCAACAUUCCGAGAAGCAGGAGUCAGAAACUACAGGGAGCAAACGUCAAUGCGACACCACUGGGUACACCGCAGACGACAGGAGGGAAAAUGCAAGCAGUGCGGAAAGUCCUUCCAACAAAGGUUUUCAUUCCAGAAUAAGGAUAUCAUUGCAAUCAGCUGUUCGUGGUGUAAGUCGGCCUACCACAACAAGACCACCUGCUUCAUGAUGCAGCAGAUAGAGGAGCAGUGUACCCUGGGCAUACACGCCAGCAUCAUCGUCCCCCCGUCCUGGAUCAUCAAGCUACCCCGCAAGGGUUCCUUCAAGUCAUCCUUACGAGCCAGCAAGAAGCGCAAAGCCUCGGUGAAAAAGCGGCGCAGCAAAGAGGACAACCGGCCGUUCAUCCUGAAACCCAUUCCCUCGCCCCUCAUCAAGCCGGUCAUCGUGUUCAUCAACCCCAAGAGUGGAGGGAACCAGGGCGCCAAGCUCUUCCACAAAUUCUGUUGGCUGCUCAACCCCAGGCAGGUAUUUGACCUGUCGCAAGGUGGCCCCAAAUACGGGCUGGAGAUGUACAAAAAAGUGCCUAAUCUGAGAAUCCUGGCGGCUGGAGGUGACGGGACAGUGGGCUGGAUCCUGGCGACCAUGGACAGUCUAGGGAUGACCCCGCCCGCCCCUGUGGGCAUCUUACCUGUUGGCACAGGGAAUGACUUAGCCAGGACGCUCAACUGGGGAGGGGGUUAUACAGAUGAGCCAAUAUCUAAAAUCUUAUGCAACAUCGAAGAUGGACAGGUCGUCCAGCUAGACAGGUGGAACAUUGAGGUGACCAGCAACGAGAGCUCAGAGGUGGACCCGCCCGAGGAAGGGACCGUGGACCGCCUGCCCCUGGAGGUCUUCAACAACUACUUCAGCCUGGGGGCCGACGCCCAUGUGGCGCUCGAGUUCCACGAGUCUAGAGAAGCGAACCCCGAGAAAUUCAACAGUAGAUUCAGGAACAAAAUGUUUUAUGCAGGGGCUGGAGGUCGAGAUAUGCUGAAGAGAAGUUGGAAAGGAUUUGCUGAACAAAUAAAGCUAGAGUGUGAUGGUCUGGAUCUGACUCCAAAGAUCCAAGACAUGAAACUCCAUUGCCUUCUUAUACUGAACAUUCCAAGGUAUGCCAGUGGUACUCUACCCUGGGGGAACCCGAAUGCUGUGGGGUUUGAACCCCAGACUCAUGACGACGGCUACUUAGAGAUCAUCGGGUUCACGUACUCCUCGCUGUCCCCCCUCCUCCCUGCCUGAGCGGCUGCGGCUUCAGGUCAGCCGUAUUGCCAUGGCAGACUACGAGACGCUGCACUUCGACAAGGAGAAGCUGCGGCAAGCCUCGGUUCCCCUGGGCAUCAUUGUGGUGGACAACAACGCCGACCUGGAGCAGGUGCGGGAGGAGAUCAACAAGAUGCUGCACCACCACGGCGGAGCGCUUCUUCCGCAUCGACAAAGCCCAGGAGUCCCUCCAUUACAUCACGGACAUCUCCUCUGAGGACCUCUACGUCCUUGACCCGGAGAUGGCCCCAGCGUCGCCCUACCUGAGGCCUGACGUCACCAACGGCCACCACCAGCACCAGCACCAGCACCAGCAGCAGCAGCAGCAACAACAUCACCAUCACCACCGGGAGCUGACGUUACACGGUAACGGCGCGGUGACGGGAGGGGAGGACGGGACGUUGACCCUGAACUUUACCUUCCCGGUCACGCCGCCAAAGUCGCCCAAUUUGUUGCGAGGUCAAACAGCCCUCCACAAAGCGGCGUGGUACCAGCGUCGGACAAUCUGUCACAUGCUUGUGGCUGCCGGCGCCUCACUCACCCGCACAGACUUCCAGGGGAAUUCCCCCCGGCAACAGGCGCUCAAGGCAGAGGAUAAGGAGUUGGCCGCGUACUUAGAGAACCAAGAACACUUUCAGUUAGUGCAGUCUGAGGACCAGGAGACAGCGGUAUAAGACCCUCACACUCAUCAGAACAACCCAUAGAGGUGUGCAUGGACAGCCCUUUGACCCCAGUUUCCCGGCCUCGGACUACCCCCAGCCCUCACCACCGAGAGACAAGUCAUCUCCUCCUCACGGCGCACGAUAUCGACAAGCUUCAUCAUUCCACCGACCAUCUCGCCAACAUCGUUUGAUCCAGAUUGGCUGCGUCAGAAUGUCAGGUCCUCCAUUGUGUUCUGUUUGGUGAAGCUGUGUGUUUGACUUUUCAAAGUGUGAUCCAGGAUCUGCAAUGUCUGCACAAGAGGACGAGUCAUAAACAGACCUUUCCUUUUUUGACCUUGCAAAUUAGGGUAGUGAAAUUAUUAUGAUUCAGCUCUGAAACGCCAUUUUAUUAUGAUUAUUCCAUCCCGGAAAUGGAUACAUUUAUGGUAUUUU